AGAAUAAGGACAGUUGCACUCACCUCCAGCAAAAGCCAAGGUCUGUCUCUCUCAUAUCUCAUCCUAGAGAGCAACAGGAUGUGCUUUCUCAGCACGUUUUGGCUCCUUCUCUUCCUUUUCUUCGGACUUGCCUGGCUUCUCUGAGUCUCAAGCUUGAAGGUGAAUGAAAGUGUUUAUAUUCGUGAACCAAUAGUGUGCAUGCAAUUUCCCUCAUGCUCCUUCUGUCUCAAGGUUCCCUCUGCCGUGACCAUGGAAUUCAAGGACAUCCGCGAAAGCUGGAAACACAACGUGUUUCCACCGUGGCUUUCCAUUCUCGAGUCAGUGGAAAUAAGAUGAGCUGACACAAACUCAUGUCGGACUCAAUAUGUCCAAAUUUUCGAUCGUAGUUGAUCCCCAGAACCUGAAAUAUGGGAGGUUCAUGGUGGCCGAUCGGUUCUUUGAACCCGGUGAAGUGAUCCUGAGAGACUCCCCAAUUGUGUAUGGACCUUGGAACAGUGCUUCAUGUUUGACAUGCUUGUCUAAAUUGGAAACUACUGACCUUCAUUUCAAGUGCGAGCAUUGCGGCUUUGGCUUUUGCUCACGUGAGUGUUUUGUCACGAGUGAUUGGCAUCCCCGAGAAUGUGGCUUUCUAAAAGAGUUAAGUGGCCAAGGUCAACUCAAGCUCAAGGCUGUUGCUCUUCAAUAUCAACUCGUAUCCUUACUUCGUUUAAUUCUGGAAUUGAUGCACAAUCUGGCCACCGGCUCUUUAAAUGCUCAAUGUCUGACAUGGAAAUGCUUGAUCAGAAUGUUCCAAGGGAUGGAACCGAAAUUAAGCAAUGACCAAAACCUCUAUCAUCUCUUAUGCAUCCGGAAGACCAACGCCAAAGCCAUACGAGGACUUGGUCAGAACUGCGAGGGAUUCGCCAUCUACCCAAACUUUUCGCUCAUCAAUCACCGUUGUGAAAACUUCAAUACCUCUAUCGAGAUCAGCCCAAGCGAUUUUGCAUUGACUCUCCGGGCACGAACCAAGAUUGAAAAGGGAAACGAGAUCACCACAACCUAUCUAAGUCAUGGCGAUCCGACGGAUGAGGGUCAGCCAUCGAGACGCCUGAAGAUUUGGCGAAGUUGGCGCUUUAUUUGUCGUUGCUCUCUUUGUGAGAACCCGUUCAAGUCCGGAGUGACAUGUCCCAAGUGUAAUAAUAGCAACAACCAGCGACGGCAACAACAGAAGCAAGGGCUAGUGAGUCAUGCGUUUCCUGUGGAUCCAUGUGUGCCGGGUAGCCCAUGGGUGUGCGAAGGAUGUGGUCACGUCCAAUCGGAAGCCGAUGUCGUGGCUUUAAUUCAAGACUUUGAGAUCUCAGGUGAUCGUGUCGAAGAUUUUGCCAACUUUUUUCACCCCGACCACUUCCUCAGGAAAACACUCUAAUAAACCAUCCAUGGGCUUGA